UAAGGAAAGUAGGAUGGGUCAGUCCUAGUUGGAAGAGAACGGUCCACUUCUCAACGGGAUUUAACUCAAGUUACGAGUAUGCAAGUUGACGGGAAACGCUUCUCGAGGUGUUGGGCUAUGAGACUACCGAGGUUUUGCAUUGUUAGAUUGGCAUUCUGGCGAUGUUGCUUCGUUCGGUUUUUCUGGCAUGAGCGAUAAAGCGAGAUUAAUUAGCUUGCUGUCGAGCUAGCUAUCCAGCCACAGCAUCUCAGCGACCACGCCUGCUCGUGACAGCGAAACUGCUCUAGGUUUCUUACACGGACAUGGGCAAACUACAGAGCAAGUUCCGCAAGAGAUCUGACCGCUACAGGGCAUCUCGGGAUGAAGGGACAGCUCAUUCCUCUGACAGUCAAGUGGUGCAGUAUGAACCUGCCCAUCAAGGAUCUAUCAAUACUGUCACUAACCUGAGUCUGGACUUGUGUGUCUCUGGAGGAACUGACCAGGCAGUGGUGGUGUAUGAUUGGAAGCAAGGCCGGAUGUGUCAGUCUUUCCAAGGUCACAACCGAGAGGUUACCAAGGUCCUGUGCUACCCUGGCAGCACAUGGAUCUUUAGUGCAUCAAGGGAUAAGAGUGUUCUGAUGUGGGACCUAAACCAAGGGGACGAACCAAUUCAGGAAUUUUGUGGACAUGAGUUGGUGGUCAAUGGACUAGCUGUCAGCCCUGAUGGGAGGAAGCUGUGCAGUGGUUCUCGUGACAACUGGAUGUGUCUAUGGGACAUCGAGACUGGGGAGUGUGAGAACAGACACAACAUCUCCAGAAACCUGGUGACACAUGUGUGCUGGGUACCAGGCAGCUCAUCUUUAGUGCAAACCUCUGAGGACAAAACAAUCAGGGUGUGGGACAGUCGUGUGUGGCAGGUGACCAAUACUUUUCCAGCUAAGCAAUACAUCCAGACUCACUGUGACGUUUCUCCUAGUGGAAACUACCUUGUGUCCAGUAGCAAUGGCUUUGGAGGCCAGGGCUGCGAGGCUACGCUGUGGGACCUGCGGCAGCCUGGCUGUAAGGUUGUGGAAUACAGAGGGCACCUCCAGACCACAGCCUGUUGCAUGUUUCUGCCCUCUCCUCCUGGUGGCACUGCCAAGGUGGCAACCUCCUCUCACGACAGCUCCAUCAAAGUCUGGGAUCAAAACACUGCAGCCUGUCUUGGGAGUUUGGCCAUGGACGGCGCUGGUCCUUUGGUUUCUUUGGCUCCCAUUGACCCCACCAACCUUCUAUGUGCCAGCUUUAAUACUGGCCUCCACCUUAUCCAUGUGGGCCAGGGAUCUGGGCAGAUUCAGGGCUCUGAACAAGGUUCAAGUGCUGUGUCUGGACUGGACAUUAAAGUAGUAGCACGCUUCUGA